UUUGAGGAUUGGUUUUGUAUUUGGUUGUCAAGCUACCAUGGCGUCGUCUGACGGAGAAAUCUCGCCGCUCCAGCGCAAGAACAUGACCGAUGAUUACCACAAAUUUCUAUAUACUGCAUCUUUUGCAACUCUUUUCCUAGCACCAGUUCUAAUAAUCCUGCCUCCUCGGAAAUUCGAUUUCUACACCUUCUCGCUGUCUGGGGCCUUCGCAAUUUCAGCAAAUUACCAAUUGAAAGAACGCACAGGCUCAGGCCUACUAGGCCACAUGCCCGUGCCGUUUGCGAUGCCAAAACGUGCUCGCGAAAUCCAAGCUGCGAAGGCCCAAGACCGAGAACGCCAGAGACGUCUUCUCGAAGAAUCUGGAACACCCGUGGAGCCAAGGAAAGGUUCAGCCUUGGAAGAAAAGGCCAAAGAGAUAUGGAUGGGCGGCGAGACUGAGGGCUGGAAAGAACGACGGUUACGAGAAGAGCAGGAAAAGAUCGAACAAGGCGAAGGCUACGGCUCGAUGAUCAUGGACCAAAUCUGGGAGGUCUGGACAUGGGGCAAGAAGCAGGGUGAAGAGCUGAAAGAGAAAGACCAAGAAGCUUUGGAGAGCAAAAAGAACAGUUGAUGAUUGAUCCAACAAUCUCUUCAAUCAAGAUACGAUGGCAUCAGCUUCGAGGGCUUACCCGAAACUGCAUCGGCCUCCAACACAUCUGGCCUGACCCCUUUCCUCCACGAGAUGCUCGCAGGUACGACGGUUAGUGCGUACUGUCAACACGUUUUGUUGUUGGAGUUGCUGCACUGUGGCGCUUCCGAGCAUCAACUUCGACUUGGAAGUCACGGACUUUAAUGCCGUGCUUUCGGAGUUCUUCGCGAGCCUGUUCGUUCUCUAGUGUUUGCUGUCUGCGUUGCUGUUCGUGACGGCUUCCACGUAUGGCUGGAGCCUCGUCUGAACAUAGCGUAGUGCUUGAGCGUAGAGUCUGGCCGGAGGUGCGAUCACCCGGCGUCGCGACUUCGGGCAUUGCAAAAAGGGCGGCCAAUAUCUUCGACUUGAGCUUGCUAUUCAUCUCUCUCGGCUGUCUUCAGCUCGUUCACUUAAUAGAGGAUGUCCAGCUCGUCAGCAUAUCUCUCGGUCUCUGCACACGGCUGCUUGGCAUUAUUGUCAGCGGGACCUGAGUAGUCUUGACUUAUAGCAUCAGGAACCUUACCACGAUUCCUUGGAAAGUGAAUGACACGACUUUGAAAUCCGAAGUCAAGAGGUGUAUCAUUUUGAAGGAAACAUCCAGGGCAAAUUUUCAGCUGUGUGACAAACCUCAGACUAGUACAGGAAAGCGGCAGAUAGCAUGGUGGUACACGGUGAGAGUUUGCUAUGGUGAUGCUUGGUGCAACAUAGAAGGCACCAGUAACAGGAUUGCUCGUCAC